AUUUGAGUUGCUCGCACUUUUAACACCACUAUUGUUUCCCGAAAGGACAAAGCCACGAUGUAUCGCGCGUUGUAUGAUUUUAAAGCGGAUGACGCGUCGGCGCUUUCGUUCCGAGUGGGCCAGCGGUUCACCCUGCUGAACCGCAGCGAUGCUCACUGGUGGGAGGUGACAGACGACACCGGCAGGGUCGGCUACGUCCCGUACAACUACCUGGAGAGAGAUGAGAGUGCUGAGUGUGGAGAUAUCAUCCUGUCCAUUGACAGAGGGAUUGAGCAAGUUCACAUGGCAGCCAUGAACAAUGGUGGCACAUACACAGCGCAUCAUAGGGAAGUCUUACAAUUCCCCAACGAGGCGUCGGUCCACAAAAAGCCACAGAGCUCCACAGGCUCCAACCCAAGUACAGGCACCAACACAGAGGACAGCUAUCAGUGAACCACAGGCACCACAAAAUGUUGGCAUAGAGAGAAUGGCUCACAUGCAGAAAUUUGAGAUAUACCAGGACACAUCAGCAAAAGUGGUCACUACAGAUGCCUCUUCCCAGACGGAACCCUUGAACGACAAAAGAUCAGAGGAAACCCAUAUACCUGAAAACAUUGGUUCAGAACUUGUGGAACUUGUUCGAGUUAAGACAGACGUGAGUUUCCAAAAGUCUAGAAUAGCUGUCUCCUCCAUCUUGAACCACAUAAAGGACAGAGUGCCUGAACUAGAAAGUGCAAUGGAGGACAUUCUGAGACAAGUCAACUCCAGUAAGUUACACACAGUGAAGUCUGGUGAUGGUACCCAGGACAGUGAACGUCUGGAGGUGAUCUUUAGUGAGAUGAGCAGUGUGAAGGACGACUCCCAGCAGAGGAGCUGGCACCUGUACGAGGACCAGUCCAUCAUACUGGAGUACCUGGAGGAACUCAUGUCUAUACUGGAAAAUGCCAUGCCUGCAGUCUGUAGAAAGGCAGUCCAACGGGACAACUAUGAGGUUCUACACAACAUGGUGCAAUACUACCAAAUGGAACACAGACUGCCCAUCCGGCUGGCCCUGCUGCAGGUGUUUGCUGGACUAUGUGGGCUGGAGAGGGAGGUGGUCUCCUCCCUGGUGUGCUCCAUCCUGCCGAUGGAACUGGCUAGAGACAUGCAGGACAGUGUGGAAGCAUUGCAGAAACUCCAAUACUCAGCAUUGCUGCUGACCAUGCUGUUCUCUACAGGGGAGACCAUACCUGUUCACCAUUAUGAGCACCUGAGUGAGGAGUUUGUGAGCUUCCUGUUGUCUCACAUAGAGGAGCCUCCAGAGGAAGAUGUCCAUGAACAAGUGCCUGACUUAUUCCUGAACCUUAUUCUAGCCUUCAACCUACACUUCUCAGACCCGAAAGAUAACCUUGUGAUGAAAGCCAUUGCUAACAGUAGCAAUGUCAGGACUUUUAGUGAGAAAAUGAUGCUACUGGUAAACAGAGGAGAUGACCCAGUCCACAUGUUUGAUCAUGAGCCAAGGCCUCCUAACUCCCUGCUGAAGUUCCUCGCUGAUGUGUUCUCGAGUGAGGUGACCUCAGGGAUCUUCUACACUAAUGACAUGAUGGUUCUGAUUGACAUCAUAGUGAGACAGGUGUCGGAUCUCCCACCUGGAGAUGAGAUCAGGACAGAGCACCUGUCCCUGUUCCACAGUAUAGUGAAGAACACGUCGUACCGCGAGCAUCGCCAUCGCCAUGGCGACCUGCAGCAGUGCUUCCUGGCCAUCCAGAGGGAGGAAGAAAAGGAGGGAGAAGCAGACAAGUUCAUCAUUAGUCAGAUAUGGGCAGACUUUCCUGAUGUCUUCUCACGGUCCGACCUGGUCUGAUGAGCAAAUUGGUCAACUGUGGACCUUUCACAGAUCUACUUCCAGCAGAAGAUGUGUGAUCAAGACUCGAGGAACAAGGAUUAUUUAUGCCGUCAUAGAUGUUGUGUAUUGUUUCUUAACAGCACAGGAAAGUGUUAUAACCGAAGUUGUUCUGUAGAUGGACACUUAGCUGAUGUUCCAUAUGAAAGCCUCAAUGAGGUCUUGUUUUGUUUGCAAAUUCUCUGCUGCUGCUGCUUUCCAUUAUUAUGUUUUACAAAAUAAGUCAUUCUCAUAUUUAGUACCUACAGGUGCAACAUGUUAUUUGAGCCUGAUGUUUGCUACUCUUGGACAUAAUGAAUUUGUAUACAAUAUAACUCACUACUUGUCAGGGCUCUAGCCAGCUCGAAAUUUUUUUCCGUCAGCCAAUUCCCAUUGUCGCAAAAACACUAUUCAAGGAGUUAGAGAGACUGAACUGAGACCUUGAAAAACGGGUUUUAAUGAGAUUAUCGUAUGCGAAAGGGCACCGACACACAUUGUCAACAAUCAUAACAAUAGCAAAACAAACAGUGUGUGGCUUUUACGGCUGUGGACAGCGUCCCCAAGCCAGCUGUAGCUUCCGUCACACGCAGCAAAUUUCCGUCAAUUGACGUAAAAACGGACGCUGGCUAGAGCCCUGCUACUUGUCUGCCAUUGUCAGCAAACACUCUAUGAUGUAUUACACAUGUACUAGGAUAUAAUGAAAGGAAACCUAUGAUAUACUGUCUAUAUUACCACACAGAUGCUAUUUAAGAUAUUCUAUAAAACAUGACAUAGACAUGGUGUAUAAAAAAUUGAUAGGUUCUAUUUUGACACAGUGAUCAGAAUGAUAACAAAACAGAUAUUAUAUACUGCACUAUCUUUUUUUAAACCUUAAGAUUUUGCUUAUCUGCAAUAAUAUUGUGCAACAUUCAUUCCAGAGCAUAUUGUGUAAUUGACAAACCCUAUAAGGUCUUCUACAAGGAAAAGACUCAGUGUAUAUUAUUCUGGCUUUAGAUUAUAUUUGCAAUAUGCUAUUGCUUUGUUUGUAUCUGUUACAAUUUCUGAUAAUAAUGCUUACUUAGUGAUUUGGGGUCUAAACUUAUUUUAACUUUAUUGCCUGGUACAUUAUUCUAUUUACGUUCAUACUUUUAUAAAAUGAGCUGCCAUCUACAAUUUUUGUGAUGGCCAAACAGCCACUAUGUGUUACACUUAUAGCUUCUACAAACUAUUAUAAAGUACAUGCAGAUACAUUCUUGUGAUGAUUUACAUAUGAUAACAAAGAAGUUGCCAACUACAUAUUUCAUUCAGUACAACUUUAAAUCAUGGCCUUACCACUGCAAGGUCAUUAGAAAAUAAAGACAUUGGUAUCAUACAUUCAAAGUUAACUUA